GGUCCUCCCUCCUGCUUUUCACAUGAUCUGUAAGCUCUCACAGAGGAGAGACACAGGAAUGUGGAGAGGAGCGACAACAACGAUGGUUGAGCGAAGCCACAGUGCCUCCAAAAUGCGUUUCUUCUACACUGUGGCCAUCUGGGUGGCAUUCAGCCACUGCACCGAUGGAAUCCCCUGGACACAAGAAAAGUUACAUCACCGAGCUCUAACUCUAACACGAAAUGAGAUCAGUACCGCCCUGUCUCACACUGACCUGGAGCAGAUGUGGCAGAGGGACCUGAGGCCGCUGAUGGUUACCAGGUACCCAGGCUCUGCAGGCAACCAGGCCGUACAGGAGCACAUCAAAACAACCCUCGGUUCCCUCGGAGCAGGCUGGGAGGUGACGGAGGAUAAGUUUAUGGCAGAAACACCAUAUGGCCCCCUGCCCUUCACUAAUCUAGUUGCCACCCUCAACUCAACAGCCAACCGCCGCCUGGUCCUGGCCUGUCACUACGACUCCAAGUACUACCCACCACAGUGGCACGGGAGGGAAUUCCUAGGUGCCACCGAUUCUGCUGUUCCCUGUGCCAUGAUGCUGGAGCUGGCGCGCGCCCUGGACGAAGAACUGAAAGCUCAGAAGAGCUCCAGUCCAGACCUGACCCUGCAGUUGAUCUUCUUCGAUGGAGAGGAGGCUUUUUUCCAGUGGACCUCCACAGACUCCCUUUAUGGCUCUCGCCACCUGGCCCAGAAAAUGCAGGACACCCCACACCCCGCCGGAGCCACAGAAACCAACGAACUACACGCCAUGGACCUGUUUGUGUUGAUGGACCUGAUCGGGACUCCUGACCCGCGCUUCUGCAACCAGUUCCCCAACACAACGCCGUGGCUCUCCAGACUGCAGAGCAUUGAAAAGCGUUUACACUCCAUGAACCAGCUUGUGGAUCAUCCUAACAGCGUGCAAUAUUUCUGGCCCAAUCAACCCGUUGGCCACAUACAAGAUGAUCAUAUACCAUUCCUAAACAGAGAUGUUCGCAUCCUCCACCUCAUCCCGUCCCCCUUCCCGUCCGUGUGGCACACGUUUGAUGACAACGAGCAGAACCUGGAUCGUUCCACCAUUCAGAACCUCAACAAGAUCCUGCAGAUUUUUGUUCUGGAGUACCUCAACGCCAGACCCGUCAUCCAACAAACAAACCCACAGAAUGCCCCGUAAAAAAAACAAACGACAGCUUUCUUUCUUUUGAUGUUUCACUGUAGUAAAGAUCUCCAGCUGUUAGUUUACAGAAUAGUCUGUAUUUAAUGCUGUUUAAACAACAACAAUAUGUAGUCUUUGACCUUAUAAUUGAGAGUGUAUUUGAGACUCAUAUCAACUGGGUGCAGCUGCAGAAAACAUUUACAUAGAGAAUAUGUUUAGAGAUACAUGGACAUUUUUUAUUUUUGAAAUCUUUGUCUAAACAUAUUUUAUUUGAAAUGUACUUUCCUCCCAAAUGGGGUUCAUAAGAGACUUCAAAACUCUGAAGCUUCAUCUUCCCGUUCAAGUCCCCAGCAACAAGAUCAGCACACAGGAUCUUCUGUGUGUUUCUUACUACACUGCUCUCUUUAUAUCAGCCUUAAACCCCCCUUUACACUGUGAUGAGGCAUCUUAGUGUCAAUGCUAAUGUCUAGGAUCUGGUGCCUCAAAGAGAAGGAAAAAGAGCUGUUGAAAUGCUAUGACACCCUUUAUUUUUUUCCACCUGGCGACGUUGAAAUACAUGAAUGCAGUGCAAGACCAAAGUUGGUGAUAAUUUCAUUAUGAAUUACUGUUAAUGGACGGCUGUAGCAUGAAAACACUUGCUUAUAGUAAUGUGAUAACAUCCAGAAUAUCUGAUCUGUCAUGUGUGAUAAAUAUAUACAAUAAGGCCACCCACAUGAUGCUACCAAAACACAUGUUUUAGCUGAGUAUAUGGCGACACACUGCAUGUUUUAGCUACAGGGUAUACGUGACAUUUCCUCUCCUACAGUAAAUCUGUUCAGAGCAAAACGUGUCAGGGGCAGGAAGUGGGUUUAUUUGUAUUCUAACAUCUUUAGCCCUUCAUAUCCUGUCAUCUUAGAGAGUGAAGUGGAUAACUUCCUGUGCUCAUGUUUUGCCUUCCUUUGUUUAUACGAUAUUAUUAGCCCGAUCUUAAUGUAGAUCCCAGAAUAAUAUACACUGCCAAAACUGGACUUCCUGUAUUUUGAGGCUGAAAUAAAUGUUGAUUCAGAUCAUGCAGAGUUUGCUUAUCUUUACAUGUCUUUGUUUUACUGUUAGUGUUUUGGGAGCUGUGAAUAAAAGAGGUUUGUCUGA